AUGCAGCCCCAAUUUCCUCUCCAAAUCCUCUCCAAAAAGUUCAUAAAACCAGCAACUCCAACUCCCCAAAAUAGCAAAUUGAAAAUAUCAUCCCUUGAUCAAUAUGAACUUCCAAUAUAUGUGCCCUACCUUUUCUGCUACCCUCUCAAUGACAAAACCAAAAAUUCUGAAAGAAGUAAGCAGCUGCAAACAUCAUUGUCCCAAAUUUUAACACUCUUCUACCCUCUAGCUGGAAGAUAUAUUGAAGACAAGCUCUUAAUCGAUUGUAAUGACUACGGAGUUGAAUAUGUCGAAGCCGAAAUAGCCAGCCAUAUUGCUCCAAUUCUUGAGAAAUUUUUUGAUAGCAAACAUGUUCAUCAUUUGAUUCGACAUCAAUAUGAAUCCCCCACGAGUCCUUUAGUAGCUGUUCAAUGUAACAUGUUUGAGUGUGGUGGAAUAGCCCUUGGCUUGUGCAUUUCACAUAGAAUAGUUGAUGGAUUUGUGUACUCAAAAUUCAUUGAUGCAUGGAGUACUUCUUGCAAAUUAGGUUUUGAUAAAGUGGAAAACAAACCAAGCUUUGAUUUGGGUUUCCUUUUACCCGCAAGAGAAGCAAUGCCUGAGAUCAAGCAUGUGUUUCCAAAUCUUCCCGACUUAAAGAUUGCAUCGGCUAAGUUUGUUUUCGAUAAUCUUUCCAUAUCAAAUCUGAGAUCAAUGCUUGACAAAGGGGAUUCAAGCUCCAGGGUAAAAUUGGUGGCAGCGCUUAUUUGGAAAGCACUUAUUAGAAUGGCUGAAACAAAACAUGGGAAAUUGAGGCCUUCUGUUAUGACCCUUUUGAUAAACAUGAGAGGAAGAACAACAAAAGCUCUACCGAUUUCAGAAGACUCUUGUGGGAACUUCACAAGGCCUGUUAUGGUGAAGUUCAAGCCAGAAAAGAAGAGAAACAAAGUGGAGUUUCAUGAUUUAGUGAGUCUAAUUUUUGAUGCAAUUGCAAAUGCUGUAAAAGACUCUGCAAAACCUCAAAAUGGAGAUGAGAUUUUCUUGAUGGUGGAUAGGGCUUGGAGUGAGGCAGCUGAAGAAUGCAAUGGAGAGGAAGUGGAGUCUUAUUUCUUUACAAGCACUUGCAGGAUGCCAUUUUAUCCAGAUUUUGGAUGGGGAAAGCCUGUUAGAGUGAUGAGGGUACAAUCUUUUCCUGAAGAAAUUAUUUUGUUGAUGGACACCAAGGAUGGUGAUGGAGUUGAAGUAUGGAUAUCCUUGGAUGAAAAUGAUAUGCCAAUUUUUCAACAAGAUCCUGACAUUCUAGCUUUCACGUCCCAGGUAGAGCAGCUUGAUGAUAAUCAUUCAAUAUUGUUGCGUUCUAGAUGCUGAGUUUAACAUUAUUUCACUGUAAUUUUUAUCUCCAUACUUAUCGUAU